GUAAAUAUGUUUGCUAGAUCCCUUUUCAAUACCAGAAUGGCUAACACAGCUAGAAGUAUGUUCAAGCCAGUCCAGAUGAUGAGACAGGCUAGGUUCAACUUUAUGACAUUGAACCAGAACAUGCUUAACGCACAGAAUGUUCAACUUUCUAGAAACUUCUGUACCAAAGAGGGAUCCGAACUUAUGGACAACCUUGAAGAUAUCUCUGAAUGGGAGACCAAGGUAAUCCAGAACGAUAAGCUUGUUCUUUUGCAAGCAUCAGCUACUUGGUGCGGACCAUGUAAAACCUUCAAGGAUAAAUUACAUACCUGAAUUAGCGCUCAUCCAAAGAAAGAUUCUAUUUCUUGGAUCCACUUCGAUAUCGAUGCUCACAAAGAAUUAGUCGAAAUGCUUGAUAUUCAAAGCGUUCCAACUCUUUAUUCAAUCAAGUCCGGGCAAAUUCUCGAUAGAAUGAUUGGUACCCCAGAAAAGGACGAAGCGAUGGGAGAAUUUAUUGAUAAAUCCUUUGAACAGGUUGAUGAAGAAGAAUAAGAUUA